AUGACUUGCACAUCACAACCAAAGACUACUCUUGGAGGUAAGACUCUUGUCUCCAAAACUGCAGCCCAACUCCGCCCUCCAGACUCCACGUCAUCAAGAUCCAGAGACACAGUCAAGGUCUGGCCUCCUCCACCCUGCCCCAAGGUCUGGCCUCCUCCGCCCUGCCCCAAGGUCUGGUCUCUCCGCCCUGCCCCAAGGUCUAGCCUCUCCGCCCUGCCCCAAGGUCUGGCCUCCUCCACCCUGCCCCAAGGUCUGGCCUCCUCCACCCUGCCCCAAGGUCUGGCCUCCUCCGCCCUGCCCCAAGGUCUGGCCUCCUCCGCCCUGCCCCAAGGUCUGGCCUCCUCCGCCCUGCCCCAAGGUCUGGCCUCCUCCACCCUGCCCCAAGGUAUGGCCUCCUCCGCCCUGCCCCAAGGUCUGGCCUCCUCCGCCCUGCCCCAAGGUCUGGCCUCCUCCGCCCUGCCCCAAGGUCUGGCCUCUCCGCCCUGCCCCAAGGUCUGGCCUCCUCCGCCCUGCCCCAAGGUCUGGCCUCCUCCGCCCUGCCCCAAGGUCUGGCCUCCUCCGCCCUGCCCCAAGGUCUGGCCUCCUCCGCCCUGCCCCAAGGUCUGGCCUCUCCGCCCUGCCCCAAGGUCUGGCCUCCUCCACCCUGCCCCAAGGUCUGGCCUCCUCCACCCUGCCCCAAGGUCUGGCCUCCUCCGCCCUGCCCCAAGGUCUGGCCUCCCCACCCUGCCCCAAGGUCUGGCCUCCUCCACCCUGCCCCAAGGUCUGGCCUCCUCCACCCUGCCCCAAGGUCUGGCCUCCUCCACCCUGCCCCAAGGUCUGGCCUCCUCCACCCUGCCCCAAGUUGGAACACGUCAGUCCAUCUUUUUUGUCAUGGGCUGCCUUGCUGACGGCCCCCAGGGGCAGUGUGAGCCCCGGCCCGGUCUCUGGCCCUUAUACCAUCCACGGGUGAAAACUGUCUUGGGAGAACAAGGCAUUGAGAACACCACCUUGGGUGAACAGGGCAUUGGGAAGACCACCUUGGGUGAACAAGGCAUUGGGAACACCAUCUUGGGUGAACAGGGCAUUGGGAACACCAUCUUGGGUGAACAGGGCAUUGAGAACACCACCUUGGGUGAACAGGGCAUUGGGAACACCAUCUUGGGUGAACAGGGCAUUGGGAACACCAUCUUGGGUGAACAGGGCAUUGGGAACACCAUCUUGGGUGAACAGGGCAUUGAGAACACCACCUUGGGUGAACAGGGCAUUGGGAACACCAUCUUGGGUGAACAGGGCAUUGGGAACACCACCUUGGGAGAACAGGGCAUUGGGAACACCACCUUGGGAGAACAGGGCAUUGGGAACACUGCCUUGAGAGAACAGGGCAUUGAGAACACCACCUAG